AUACAAACCGUUUCCAUUGAAGCGGUGUUGACAUUCGAAAUGUCAAAGCACAUUCGAUUUCGAGGUAGCGUAUUGAACAGACCAAAUAAAGAAUAGCAACAAUGACUUCGUUAACUAGACGAUUUUUUUUAAAUAGCUAUAGUGGUAAUCUUUACAAAAUUCAGCCACAUAUAAAAUGCAUUCGGCAGAUGCAUUUUGCAAAAAAUCAACAUUUUUCAAUAGUUACAUCACGGUUACUGGCACUUAACUCAUCUCAAAAUGCAUGCAUCGCAUCAAGUCCAUUUAUUUUCAAUCAGGUGCGUUUCAAAUCCAACAAAAGGAAUAGAAGAAAGAAAGACAGCGAUGAUGAAGCCAGCGACGAUGAGGCCAUCGAAAAUCAAGAUAAAGGCCUGAGCGAUUUCAAGGAAGGGGACGGUUCGGAUCGGAUUCUUGCUCGUGUGAAAACGCAAACGUUACGAUUAGAUUCAGUAAUCAAAGCCGCUCUUGGAACACCCAAAAACCAAAUUGAAAAGCUAUUUUACAGCAGCGCUAUCAGACUAAAUGGUGAAAAAGUCACGAAAAAAAGCAUGGAUAUUUUUGGCGAAUGUGAAAUCGAUAUAGUCAAAGGACCAAGUCCCGAAAAUGACAAGUUUUUACUGGUUAAUCGCAUCGAAAUUCUUCAAGUGACAUCAGAAGGUUCAUUUUUUGUCAUAACAAUUCGACGUCAGAAGAACCUAACAAUAGAAAAUUAUGAAAUUUCACCUUAUUAGAGAUUAAAGAAAAAAAACAUAAACACUAUUAUAUAGAUUUAUUCGAGAUAUGAAAAUAAAAUAAAUGCAUGUACGCAUUUUGUAUCAUUUGAAUAUAGUGUAAUAAAUACAGAAAACAACAUAAAAA